CCCCCGUGGGAAAGUGGCCUUUGUUUUUCCCACGCGUGAAGCUGCAGCAGCUCCUCCUCCCUGCCGGGACUUAGGAGUCUGGCCUGUUUUUCCUGUUGUGGCCUUCAGAAAGGACUUUGCAGGGGAACAAGGAGAUCCUUUGGCCUUCUUGGCUCUUAGGCCCAGAUGGGAAAGCAAGACUCGGAAGGGCUUGAAGGAAGAAGAAGCCCUGAGGCCAUCCAGGCUGGGAGCAGAGGAGAAUUCUGGGAAAGGUCUGUGCCCCAAAUCCUGACUGAAGACACCAGCCGAUGGGAUGUGCAGUGCCAGCGUUUCUGGCAGUUCCGCUACCAGGAGGCCGAGGAGCCCCGGGAAGUUUGCAACCAGCUCCACCAUUUUUGCUGCCAGUGGCUGAAGCCGGAAACGCACAGUGAGAAUGAGAUGUUGGACUUAGUGAUCCUGGAUCAGUUCUUGGCCAUCCUUCCCCCAGAGAUAGAGGACCGGGUCAGGGAAUGCAGGCCGGACACCAGUUCCCAGGCGGUGGCCCUGGCAGAAGGCUUCCUCCUGAGCCAGGAAGAGGCCAAGAUGCCGGAAAAGCAGGGGCCAUCUGAGGGAGAUUUACCCAAAGCAGAGAAGGCGCCAUCCGAUCUGAGGCAGAGGCCGCUCUUCUGUGGGACCAAAUGGGGGAGUGACGGAGGUGGCAUCUCCAUGGGACUUAGGAGCCUCACCAGGGGCCUUAAGAAAGGACUUUGCAGUGAGGCAAGAAGAUCUUUUGGCAUUCUUGGCUCCGGAGCCAAGAUGGGAAUGCUGAACGCAGCCAGGCCUGAAGCAGAAAAAGGCCCUGAAGCCAUUCAGUCUGGAAGCAGAGGGGAAUUCUUGGAGGGACCUGUGCGAAAAAUCCUGGCUGAAGAUGCCACCAGGGCAGGUACAGCGUGCCAGCGCUUCAGGCACUUCUGCUACCAGGAGGCCGAGGGGCCCCGGGAGAUCUGCAGCCAACUCCGACAUCUUUGUCUCCAGUGGCUGAAGCCGGAAAGGCACACCAAGAAGGAGAUCCUGGACUUGCUCAUCCUGGAGCGGCUCCUGGCCAUCCUGCCCCCGGAGAUGGAGGGCUGGGUCAGGGAAUGUGGACCGGAGACCAGUUCCCAGGCAGUGGCCCUGGCAGAAGGCUUCCUCCUGAGCCAGGUGGAGACCAGGAAGCAGGAAGAGCAGGGUCCGUCAGAAGGGUCUGCUGAUUUCCUCAAGUCAGAAAAAGCACCCUCCGAUCCAAGGCAGGGGCCUCUCCUCUGCGGAUCCGCCCAAGAAAGUGAUGGAGGUGCCGCCUCGCUGGGGCAAGAGUGCAAGAGGAGGGGAGAAGAGCAGAAAAGUGAAACUGAAGCAAUAUCAAAGCAGAGGAAAAAAACCAUGGCUUCUGAAGGUGCCAGUUUUCAUGAAACUCCCGUCCAAGAAGAAAGCAAAAGGGCUUUCACUCAGCGUGCCAAAAUCUUAACUGGGAAAUCAAGCCUUAACUCCCACAAGAUAAUUCAAAAUGAAGAAAAUGUGGUGAAAAGGUCGGAGUGUCAGAAAAGCUACAGUAAUAAAACAAUUCUUACUUACCAUCAAAGCACCCACACUGGGGAAAACCUGUAUAUAUGCUCCGAAUGUGGAAAGAGCUUUAAUGACCAUUCAGGUCUUACUUGUCAUCAAAAAAGUCACACAAGGGAGAACCUGUAUAUAUGCUCAGAAUGUGGAAAGAGCUUUAGUGACCAUUCAAGUCUUACUUGUCAUCAAAAAACUCACGCAGGGGAGAACCUGUAUAUAUGCUCAGAAUGUGGAAAGAGCUUUAGUGACCAUUCAAGCUUUAUUUGGCAUCAAAGAACUCACACUGGGGGGAAACCAUAUACUACUUCAAAGUGUGCAAAGAGCUUCAGUAACAGAACAAGUCUUAAUUCCCAUCAAAGAAUCCAGACAGGGGAGAACCUGUAUAAAUGCUCAGAAUGUGGAAAGAGUUUCAGUAGGAGCUCAGGCCUUACCUGCCAUCAAAGAAUCCACACAGGGGAGAAACCAUAUGAAUGCUCAGAGUGCGGAAAGAACUUCAGAAAGAGCUCUCAACUUACUGCCCAUCAAAGAAUCCACACAGGAGAGAAACGAUAUAAAUGUUUAGAGUGUGGCAUGAGUUUCAUUCACAAAUGCCAACUCACUACCCAUCAGGGCACCCACACAGGGGAGAAACCGUUUAAGUGCUCAGAGUGUGGACAGGGCUUUAGUAUCCGUUCAAGCCUUACUUGUCAUCAAAGAAUCCACACAGGGGAAAAGCCAUAUAAAUGCUUAGAAUGUAGAAAGAGCUUCAGGAGGAAGCAGACCCUUGUUUCUCAUCAGAGAACCCACACAGGGGAGAAACCAUAUAAGUGCUCUGACUGUGGAAAGACCUUCAGCCAGAAGGGCAACCUUGCAACCCAUCAAAGAAUCCACGUGGGGAGAAACCAUAUAAAUGCUUAGAAUGCAGAAUUAGUUUCAGUCAUAAGGGCCACCUUAUUACCCAUGAAAGAGGAGAGAAACCAUAAAGACGCUCAUAGUUUGGAGAGAACUCUAGUUAAAAAUAUACUCAAACUAUCCAUCAAAUGAGACACGUGGGUAUAAAAAAUACCUGUGGCUCCUGUUCUGUGCAAUGGGCUCCUUGAAGAGGUGAGAGGAUCCCCUCCUUGGAGAUAUUCAGGAGGCACCGCAAGGCCUGUUCACCAGGGCUUUUCGAGGGGAUUUGAAAGGCAGGUUCAGUCCCUGGCAUCUCCAGUUAAAAGGAUCUGGCAGUACAUGAUGUGAAAGACCUUCGUCUGAGACCCUAGAGAGCCACUGCUAGUCUAAGUAGACAAUACUGACCUUGAUAGACCGAUGGGAUUAUUCAAUGUAAGGUGUAUCAAUGUAAACAGGAGAGCAUAUUCAUUAUUCUAAUCAUAUGUAUGCAUGCUAAUUUAUGUAUUCUCAUAGCGUUUCAUAACUUCUGUAAGAUUUAGAAGCUGGUCAGAGCCCCGUGGCACAGAGUGGUAAGCUGCAGCACUGCAGCCCAAGCUCUUCUCACAACCUGAGUUCGAUCCUGGCAGAACCCGGGUUCAGGCAGCCGGCUCAAGGUUGACUCAGCCUUCCAUCCUUCCGAGGUCGAUGAGUCCCCAGUUUCCUGGAGGUAAAGUGUAGAUGACUGGGGGAGGCAAUGGCAAACCACCCCAUAACAAAAAGUCUGCCAAGAAAAUGUUGUGAUGUGACGUCCCCCCAUGGGUCAGUAAUGACUCAGUGCUUUUUACAGGAAAAAUACAGAGCUGCUUUUUGGCCUGACAGUUCACUAGUACAGCUGAAGGAACAGCGCAUUUAGUGUGGUUUUAAUUUUGAACUGGUGCUAAUUUUAGCCUUACAGCUUUGCUUUGAAAACUCAGAGUUGUCAAGAUAAAUCUCAGUUCACCGGUUGCUUCUCUUUAUAAUCACUUUGGGGACCAGUCGUUUUAUUUAAAGAACAAUCAUGUGUUAAAGUUUUAAACAUUUAUUUGUUUUUGGCUCUCCCUUAUCUGUAAAAUGUGUCAUGUAGGGGGCUAAUCAGGCUUUCUGCCGGUGGUUUCCAGUCAGAGAAGAUUUUAGGUGAGAUACUUCAAAACUUCAGGUAGCAUUCUGCCAGUCAGCUAAAACCUGAUUUGCCUCAAACUUCAUGUAUUUAGGUAAGUUUUAGAAAUGUUAGAUCUGAUUUUUAUUGCGUGCAUUUUUUUCUGUACUCGUAGGAUUAAUUAGCACCUGUAUAUACUUAUCCAGUUCUUGCCUAAUAAAAAGCGAUGCUUUAUUUUAAAUAAAAUAAUUCCCUCCAAGUUCUCUGUACUGCUGGCAAAAGAUCAGAUGCCAAAACCCCAAUAUUUCAUAGUCCUGUGAGGGAUACGUCUUUCUCAGAGAGCAAGAUGAGAUUCCAGUGACACCUUUAAGACCAACAAGAUUCCCAGGGUAGAAGCUUUCAAGAGUCAAAGCUCCCUUUAUCAGUACCUUUGAUUCUUUGCUACUUUGGAAAUCUUGUUGGCCUUAAAGGUGCUACUGUACUCGAAUCUUGCUCUUUUACUUACCGACAAGAAAGUCUCUCACAAAUUGUUUGUCUUAAACAGACCCAAUUGGAGAUUUUUUUGCAACUGUGUUAAGCUAAUGAGAAAACUCUCUAAGUGCUCUUCAAAUCUCUAGGAAUUUCCAACCUGAAGUUGACAUCUCUGUUUCUGAAUGUGUCAUCUUUACUUUCUAAUGAAAGUAAAAGCAAAUGAAAAAAAGCUGCAUUGUAGCAAGACUGUCUUUCUCCACAAUGGGGCCCAAACAAGCUUACAUCAUUCUACUUGCCUGCAAUUUUAUCCUCAUGACAACCCUGAGAGGUAAGCUAGGCUGAGUGUGUGUGAUUGGAUCAGUCACCCAGUGAGCUUCCACAGCAGACUGAUGAUUCACACCUGGGUCUCCCAGAACCUACUCUGAAACUCUAACCACUACAUUACAAGGGCUUUUGGUGAUGAUGGGCUGUUGUUGAACAGUAGCAUGCAGCAAGAUGUGGGUCAGUCAUGUGAGUUAUGUGGUAUCAAGUCACCCAGAGGUUGCUUCUGGGCCUAGCUCUGAUGAGUCCUCUUUUAAAGGCCAAAACAGCCCUGGAAAGGGCCCUGUCCUGCCUUCUGACAGAAACCAAGCCUGGAAUACUGGGUAAACUGUUAUGGUUUGGUGUAGUGGUUAAGAGCACGGGACUCUAAUCUGGAGAACCGGGUUUGAUUCCCCACUCCUCCACGAAGCCAGCUGGGUGACCUUGGGCGAGUCACAGUUCUAUGGAGCUCUCUCAGCCCCACCCACCUCACAGGGUGAUUGUUGUGGGGUAAUAAUAACACUUUGUAAACCGCUCUGAGUGGGCAUUAAGUUGUCCUGAAGGGUGGUAUAUAAAUCGAAUGUUAUGGUUGUCUAGCAACAGCCGCUGAGGAUAUCUGGUUAAAGCAACAAGUGUUCUUUUUGUCAUAUGGGUUUUUUUAAAUGCCCCCGUGUUUGUUUUUUUAGAUUUCAGAUUUUUCUGCAAACCAGGGGCAUUUUUCAGGUAUGUAGGAAGAUCUGCCUUGUCCAUUCAUGGCUCGUCUCCAGAUGUAUGUAUCCUCAGAUCAGGGCCACUUUAGCUAUUAGUAUAUAAGACUGUAUGGUAUGGUAUGAUAACUGUAUUUAGAACUGAAUUGUAAAGGGUUCAGUAAUAGGAACAUUGUGGCUGUUCUUAAAGAUAUUCCCAGGAAACAAGUGUAUGUAGUUAACGUCCAAUGUCCAGUGAUGUGUCUUCUAAUAUUAUAGGGACAACUCACUUGGCUGCACACAAAAUAAAUGCAGGGGAUGCCUCCCCAGUAGUCCCACUCCCUUACUGGGUCCUUGAUACACGGAAGCCCCCUCCCAUAGGACUUCCUGCCCUCCACCAGUUACUGUAAACGUGAGCAUGUUUCACUGCAACCACAGCAUCUGAAAUAAGGUUUCUGUGGGAAGAUUCAUCCAUACGGUGUUACUACUAACAUUUGGAUGUAAAGCCAUAAAUAGAGGAAUUGCAGGAAAAGCAACAGUGUAUAGUUCUGAUUAAAUUCACUUCUGCAUAAGAAUUAUUACAAGGCACAGCAGUUAGCGUGACAACACAUAGGUUGCAUCCUUAUUUCAAACAUUUUGGGGAAGUCUUAUGUUUGAUGAGAAGCACUGAAGAAGAUAUCAAAAUGGGUCAUACCUGGGAGCUCAUCCUCCUCAUAUUGUGGAAUUUGUGCCUGUACAUUUUCUAAACAUCGUGGAAUUGUGCUUAUUGCUAGGUUGUGUAGUAUAGAUAUUAUUGUUCUGUGUAACACACUGUCUUGUUACAUUCUUUUCCUGCGCAUGAACAAUUGUGCAUUCUGCCGUAGUUCUAUAUAAUGUUUGUUGCAGUAUAUAAUACACAUUUUUACGUUGAAAUUUGCGAGUAGUGUAUUUCAUGUGUAUGAGUGUUAGGCAUCUGUACAUGAACCAUUGUUUGCUUUUUUCUAUGUAGUUCAUUAGAGGUCUUAUCUGUUGGCUCCU